AUGUGCAAUUCUAAUACUCCAAAACGUGAAGAAGUGAUUAUAAAUCAGAAUGGCAUUGGAGCUACGAAUGUGGCUAGUACCGAACAGCUACAGUUUCAUGUUUCUGCGAUCAGCAUAGUGAUGAUGAUAAUUCUGGGUUUGUUGCUGAUAGUGGCAGCCUAUUUUUUGUACAAAUGCUAUAAAAACUGCCAUCACCAGUGGAUCAAUGACCAAAUCCUACGUCAAUACCUGAGGAAUUCGACUUAUCGGCGUAGUCGCAGGGAAACUACAGAAAGAAAACGAUGUCCAGCAUGCUCAAGCAGUCCCGGACAGAGGCGUUCACCUCAUAAGGAAGAUCUCGGAAGCGUAAUAAUUAUUUUCAAGGACACCAUCAUCGUGGAGCCAAUAACCAUCCUCGUCGCAACUCCGCGAAUAACAACUUUAGCAGGUUUACCGGUCAUCGUGGUGCGAGUUUCUACCGUGGCCGUGGCCGUGGACGUUCUUCCCAAAACUAUACCCGAGGUCAGCCAAGGCAAUAUCGAGGUUUCUGUACAACGCCAGUAUCGCCAUAGAUACAAGAUUCAGAUCAUACCAAACUGUCGUAUUGUAUGA